AGUGUUCGCGCAGCCGCCGCCAAAGCCCGGAGAAGUGGAAUCUCGCCGGCGCCGCUCCCUGUUGGACUGGCUGAGUGGCUCUGGGCAUGCUCAGUCGCGGGAGCUCGUCCUGGUCUCAAGUAGGAAGCUCGGAGCGCUACACCCGCAGCUGAUCUGGGCGCUCCGGGGAGGGCGAGACUGAAGCGGAGCUGCCGGGCACCAGAGCCAAGGCGAGCGGCGCGCGCACCGCCGGUUGGAGCUGCUGUGGUGAGCUGUUGUGGUCUGUAGCCAAGCAUGCUGUGGUUGGGUCUGCACAGCCGUGGAACAGAAACAUUUGCUGGAUGGAAAAUCCAUAAAAGAAAGCUCUUGUGAAACUGGAUACAGAUCACAGCUUCUAAAUCAGACUGGGAUAAGAUAUAUUUGGGCUGUCUGAACUCAUUGAGUCGUUGCUAUUAACUAAGAGACUUUGUGGAAAAGGGAGCUUUCCUUCUGCGCUUCGUAUCAAAAACCUGAGGAAACUAAUCAUCUUGGUCUUUCCUGAGUGACUGGAAAACUGCUGAGGCCGCUGCUGACAUGCUGACUGGUCACGAUGGGCAGACAGUACCCUGAGGCUCCCUGCCAUUCAGGCAACUCAUGUAGGUAUAGGAGUUCUCUGAAGACAAAGGCAAAGGACUGAAUUCUGAAAUAUUCUGAGGAGUUGAAAAAGGAAUAGAGCAAAAGCAAAGGUUUCAGGCUAUAACCCAUCUCCUGCAGCACUGCUGACGCCCAGUGACCCAUGUCAGAAGUACUUCCAGCUGACCCAGGAGCAGAUUCCUUGGCAGUGUUUAUGGCCAGCAGCGGAACCACAGACGUCGCAAAUCGGAACAGCCCGGCCACACCACCCAACACCCUUAACCUCCGUUCCUCCCACAAUGAACUAUUGAAUGCUGAAAUAAAGCACACAGAAGCCAAGAACAGCACCCCCCCAAAAUGCAGAAAAAAAUAUGCACUGACUAACAUCCAGGCGGCCAUGGGCCUUUCAGAUCCAGCCACACAACCCCUGCUGGGAAAUAGCUCUGCAAACAUUAAGCUGGUGAAAAAUGGGGAGAACCAGCUCCGGAAGGCUGCAGAACAAGGGCAGCAGGACCCCAACAAAAACAUCAGCCCUACUGGAGUUAUCAACAUUACUUCGGAGAAGUUAGAGGGCAAGGAGCCCCACCCGAGAGAAUCUUUGGGCUGUGAUAUUUUACCCUCCCAGCCCAGGAGAACCAAGAGCUUUCUGAACUACUAUGCAGACUUGGAAACCUCAGCCCGAGAUGUAGAGCAGAGCUUAGGCAACCAUCAGGAGGCUGUCGAAGAGAAAUCCCAGGCCAAUCAGGACCAGGCCUCCACCAUCCUUGGGAAUGGUGAUUUGCUCCUGCAGAAACCAAACAAGCCCCAAUUCAGCCCUGAAGAUGGCCAAGUAGCCACAGUGUCAUCCAGCCCGGAGACCAAGAAAGACCAUCCUAAAACAGGAGCCAAAACUGACUGUGCUCUCCACCGGAUCCAGAACCUGGCCCCAAGUGAUGAAGAGUCCAGCUGGACAACCCUGUCCCAAGACAGUGCCUCACCCAGCUCCCCGGAUGAAACAGCAGAUAUCUGGAGUGAUCACACAUUUCAGACAGAUCCAGAUUUGCCACCUGGCUGGAAAAAAGUCAACGACGUGGCUGGGACUUACUACUGGCACAUACCAACAGGAACAACGCAGUGGGAGCGCCCUGUCUCCAUUCCCCCGGAUCUCCAGGGCUCUAGGAAGGGUUCACUUAGUUCUGUAACACCGUCACCCACCCCAGAGAAUGAGAAACAGCCAUGGAGUGAUUUUGCUGUUCUGAAUGGGGGAAAGAUAAAUAGUGACAUUUGGAAGGAUCUACAUGCAGCCACAGUUAAUCCAGACCCCAGUUUAAAAGAGUUCGAAGGAGCAACACUCCGCUACGCAUCUUUGAAACUCAGAAAUGUCCCACAGGCUGAGGAUGAUGAUUCUUGCAGUAUCAACAGUGACCCGGAAGCCAAGUGCUUUGCCGUGCGCUCGCUGGGCUGGGUGGAGAUGGCGGAGGAGGACCUCGCCCCUGGGAAGAGCAGUGUUGCUGUCAACAACUGCAUCCGGCAGCUUUCUUACUGCAAAAAUGACAUCCGGGAUACAGUCGGCAUUUGGGGAGAGGGGAAGGACAUGUACCUGAUCCUGGAGAACGACACACUCAGCCUGGUGGACCCCAUGGACCGCACCGCGCUCCACUCGCAGCCCAUCGUGAGCAUCCGCGUGUGGGGCGUAGGGCGCGACAACGGCCGAGAUUUUGCCUAUGUAGCCAGAGACAAAGACACAAGAAUCCUGAAAUGUCAUGUAUUUCGAUGUGACACACCAGCAAAAGCCAUCGCCACAAGUCUCCACGAAAUCUGUUCCAAGAUUAUGGCCGAACGGAAGAAUGCCAAAGCCCUGGCCUGCAGCUCCUUGCAGGAAAGAACCAAUGUUAACCUCGACGUUCCCUUGCAAGUAGAUUUUCCAACACCAAAGACUGAGCUGGUUCAGAAGUUCCACGUGCAGUACUUGGGCAUGCUACCUGUUGACAAGCCAGUCGGAAUGGAUACCCUGAACAAUGCCAUAGAAAAUCUUAUGACCUCAUCCGACAAGGAAGAUUGGCCCUCAGUGAACAUGAAUGUGGCCGAUGCUACUGUGACUGUCAUCAGUGAAAAGAAUGAAGAGGAAAUCUUAGUGGAGUGUCGUGUGCGAUUCCUGUCUUUCAUGGGCGUCGGGAAAGACAUCCACACAUUUGCCUUCAUCAUGGAUACCGGGAACCAGCGCUUUGAGUGCCAUGUUUUCUGGUGUGAGCCAAAUGCUGCUAACGUGUCGGAGGCUGUCCAGGCCGCCUGCAUGCUACGGUAUCAGAAGUGCUUGGUAGCCAGGCCACCUUCACAGAAAGUUCGACCACCUCCUCCGCCAGCAGACUCAGUGACCAGAAGAGUCACAACCAAUGUAAAACGAGGGGUCUUAUCCCUCAUUGACACUUUGAAACAGAAACGCCCUGUCACAGAAAUGCCAUAGCUCCGAAUGGUAAAGGAUUCUGUACUAUUUACCUGAAGAUUGAAUAGCUACACUAAAGAAGAUGAACUGAUAUCUGGCCUUCCAAUUGCUGAUGCUUUGUCUUCAGAGAAUUUAUCUUUAACCAGUGUUAGACAAGCAUGUUCUCUCGUCUUGCCACCAUCACAUGAUAUGAAAAGAAGCAUGACAAAUUUUUUUGCUGUAAGUUACAUCAUGAACAGUGGAAGGUCUUUUUCUUACUGUACAUAUCGUGAACAUCACUUAACUCCACACAGAGAGAAGAAUAUGGCCACUCCUCACUCCCCAAGUGAACUAAGACUGAGUCCUUGGGGUGAAUGAAGCCUAAGUUACUCUUCUUGGCGUCUUGGCUGGAUCUGUCCCAAGCAACUCUUAAGUCCUACAGCACUUUGCCCUAUUUUCAAUAUUGGAAUAGACACUGCACACCAGAUACCAUUGAAUUGCUUUAAAAACAAACAAAAAAACCAGGAUGACAAGUUUUUGUUUUAGUGUUUCGUAGCACUGAACCUUGGCUGACAACAUUGGUUGUUAGUGUCAGCAUAGAACCCAGAUGGCAGGCUUCCUUGACAAGCUCUUUGAACAUGGGACACCAUUUCAUGUCUACAGCUGUUUGUGGGAUGUUGGAACAAAAAAAAGUGAAACUUCAAAAUCAAAAGAAAAAAAAAAACACCUAAAUUUGAGUAAUUAAAAGCAAACAAAAAUAGCCUUUCUUUUCAGAUGGUUUUCAAACUGUGAUAAAAAAAAAAAAGAUUAACAAAAUCACAAUGCAUCGGGUGGGACAUAUUUCAAACUGCCUUAUUAUUGUACAAUGCAGCUAGAGAAUUAUAGUUCACUAUGGCCAUUCUCUACAUAAAACAACAUUAAAAUGAAAUAUUCCUCAUAAGCCUUUCAUCCUUGGUUUGCUAAUUAGCCAAUAUGCAAUUGAGAGUUGAGGAAAUGCCAUUUAUGUUUUAUAUUUCUACUGCCACAUUCUCUGUUGUUAGUUCACCUCCUAGGUAAAUAUUCUGCUAGGAUUCUGUAGCUGGCACAACCGUACCCUAAUGCUUUUUGCCCAGAAAGCUGUCUGUCCAUCAUGUAUUGUCCAUGGCAACAAAUUCAGUUGAACCAUUCUUGAAAUUUAUGUAAUAGAAUUUGUUGAACUCUACUAGAUAUAUUUUUUAAUUUAUAUUUUUCCACUUAUUUUCAAGAUUUAGAACUUUCAUAUCAGAACAAAAUAUACACAGGAACCGUGGACUAUUUAACACAUACCCCCCCCCCCCCCCCGCCAAAUAGCACUUUCUUUCAUUCUGCAUAGUUAACUUAGCUAUGAAGAUAUAUAAAUUUAGAUUCUUGUUGACUUGUUUUAAAAGGUAGUUGCUAAGGAGAUCAAUCUAAGUAUUAGUCUUGUUUACUUUUUAAUGUCAAAAUUAGCAUGUCACGACAUCCAGUUAUAGAUGCUUUGUUUAUCCACUUCUGUGUACUUGUCAAACUUGCUUCCACAUUCAUAUCACACUGGAGCCUUACAGGAGAGGAAGGGUACUUACUAAACCCGUCUGAGAAUUAAAAUACAAAGUAUCUAAAGUAUAGGUCAUCAAGUCUAAGAUGUCAUGAAAGUUACUGAGAGAACUAAUACUGGAGUUCAGACUUCCCAACUCUUUCUUACUGUGUUCUGCUACACCUGUCUGAAAGGGCCUUUCUAUAAUCACUCUGGGGCAUAUUCUAAUUAUUGUCAAGGAAGUUUUAGAAUUGUCUGGGUAAAUGGAAACAUGUCCAAAUUAUUCAUUAUUAUAGCACCACUGCCCACUCUCCGUUCAGGACUGUUUCCUUCAAUGUGCCUCAUCAAUGUUAGGAGGACAGGCUCCUGCAUGCAGUAUCACCUAUUCAACCCAUGAGGUUUCCAGAGACAAUAGUGAUAAGAGAGAUUCUUAACUCAAGAACCUAAGCCGCCAGAGAACAUGAUGGAAUGAGCAGAUCUCUAGUCUCUGUUCCCUCUCAGAAUUUGAGAAUUGUGGUUAGCAUUCAAGUGUUAUGACAUAAAAAAGUGCCACUGUAGAAAAAGAAGGAUGCUUCUCACCAGCCUAUAUGCCACUGAACCACCCUUGCCCCACUAGCAUCCAGGAAGGUGCUGCCUGCCAGCCUGUAGUCCAAGCCUAUUCUAAGUAACCAGUGCCAUCAAAACUAUAGCAUUAAGAAAAUCCUCAUUGUUGCCCUUUAAACGCUGUUCAAAAUUCAGUCGUUCAUGGCGAUUAUUCAUUCAUCUUGACCUCCAUAGUGAAACAUUCUAAUGCGAUAAACUUCAAAAUUCUGAAUAAGUAAUCCACUUUUACAUUGGAAAUCUCUACCAGAAUUGCCCUUUCUUAUUUUUUUUUAAGAUAUGUGUUUGUUUUCAGGUUCAGGAAUACUGAGCUAGCUUUAAGUAGCAAACUGAUUAUAUAUAUAUAUAUAUAUAUAUUUGCAAUUAUAGGAUGCAUUAAGAUGAAUGAUAGCCUUUACAUAUUGAAAACCUUACUGCAGGUAUUUUGUUUUGAAAAUAGCUUUGCAUACUAAAUACAAUUAAUUUUGUAAAAGUUCUUAUGUUAAACCAUAUGUUCAGACACUUUCUGCCAUGGCCAAAAAGUAUGUAUGAAAGUAUGUAUGUAUUUUUCUGUGAAAGGAUGCCAGUGUUUUACCUGAUGUUGUAGUGACACUUCAGUUACCUAUGCAUUCUUGAUAUCUGAUUCCGUAAACAGGCAGCCAUGUUCACAAUGCCUUGUAUGUUUUAUCAUUUUUUUACUUAACCUGUUAAAUACAGCUUAAGAUAUUUUUAUUUUAUUUAUUCUAUUUUUACUGAAAUAGACUGCAUUAUUGUGUUAAUGUAUUAUCUUUACUGGAUAUUAUCUUACAAUGUAUCCAGGUCUAAGUAAUCUCAGAACUAUACAUUGCCUACAAGGUGGUUUUGUAAUGAUUUGUAGUCACAUUUUUAUUGGAAUACGUAGAGAAAAAGGCAAAAUGCUUAAAGUUCCUUUUAUUUUUUAAAAGCAGCUAGAUAGACGCAGAUGUGCCACCUCAUAAUAUGUGCUCCUUGUCAGCAUCAAGGGGAAGAGCCAACAUGCCUAUGGUUGAAAACUUUCCUUUGCAAACUUACAGCACUGCUUAGUGCUUCAUUUUAUAUCCCUCCCAAUAUGUGUGAGCUCAUCUAGUAGACAGACACACACAUCCAUGUGCUCUUUGUUUCCAUCAGGAUAGAAGACCACACACAGCUGGUUAGGUCUACUGUUUUUUUUUUCCCCUUGUGUCUGUUUGACUGCAUGAGGGACAUUAGGAUCAUUUCCGUUGACGUAAGUUCGUGGUGAUAAAUUGUUGGCACUGCUAUUUUUUUUUUUUUAAAAACUCACUUUAUAAUUUUAUGAUGGAUGUUUAUGAAAUAAUUCUACACAAGGCUAUUUGCCAAGAGCCCUGUAUCUUUUCCCCUUAUAUGACACAGUCAUUUCUUAAGCGCAUAGCACCACACACAGAUUUCAUGAGGAAUGUUUCCCUAAUUGAUAUUUGCCUAGUAACACCAUUAGCUCUCUAGUUAGCCAGGAUCACUUAACCUAAAGCACAGCUAAUACGUGUUACAUGGGCAGUAGUAACUGAUUUCAGCUUCAGGGAAAAGUACUAUUCACAUUUUAUCAGUGAGAACAUACUCCCUGCCAUCCAAAGCAACUUGUUUUAUUCUGAAAGAACGCUUGGUUUUUCCUUUUGCCCCUUUUCCUGUCAACUAGUUUUACACAUUUAAAUGUAAUUUGUUGUGAGAAUAAACUUAGCUGCGUAAAA